CGCACUUUCUCCUCUUCUUGGGUGGUCAUUGCAGUCGUUAAUCUGAAAUUCGGCUUGUAAAAAGUCGGGUUGGACGAAAACGUAGGUACCAGUAUCACUCCAUCUGUAUCUGAGCCGCCGAAUUUUUCCUCGUCCAACCACGUUCCUCCACGGCGAGGAGCACGCAUGCUGGACGGUAGCUGGAUACGACCAUUGGGCCUUGAGAUGAGCAAUGGCUAUCACGAGAUUCUGCUCCGCAGGCGUACCUUGGGAGACUGCAGAGGAGUACCAGAAAGAAUGCCCAUGUCUCACUGAAGACAAGUUCAUGCAAGUCACGAAUCUUCUGCUGGAAAAUCCGAAUCUGAAUUCAACACAUCUUUUCCGAGCGGACAUCUUACAAGACAGUGCACAGAUAUUGAGGACAGUGGCAGAGAAGGAACAGCAGUGCCAGUACAUCAAUGGAGGCCAAGAUGCCGAAAAUGGGACAAUCACGGACAGUCCAGACACCCUCGAGAAGGCACCGCAACUGGAUGGAGCAACUCUUACCAGGAAAGUCCUAAGGAGACUCAUCCCUCGCAAACCACAACUCGACCGUCCACUGAACCAGUGGUGCUAUGUCUAUAACCUAUCGAAGAACCCGAAUAUCGACAAGGGCCAUGUCGUGGUAUAUGUGCCGGACGUCGAAAGCGAGGCUGACAUGCCUUGGUAUCAUCCACCGGUCCAGUCAUUGGCAUAUUUCUACAAGCGUACGGGAAGUGAAACCACGCUUUCCAUUCAUUAUCUACCCUUCACGCGAUCAACGGAUCCAUUACCUUCGCGGCUGCACCGCACAUUCAUCUCACUCCUUCAAAGAUUUCUCAGGCUUGCGAAGAACCCUGCUCCCGCGCAGAGCCUAAACGGCUCGCAUGCCCAGUCAGACAGUAUCACUGCAACCACCCAAUCGAUGACCCCAUCCGCUCUCAAGGACACCAUCCUCCCCCAGCACGUUGUUCAAGACACCUACAGCCGCCUUAAACAGCGAUACGCCCAGGACCUGAUAUCGCGCUGGGCAGAAAGCACGGAGCCGUCAAAGCAUGUCUUCGAAGAUCUCUCCAUCGCCGCCUUUGUCAUUGAACUCUGGAAGCAAAUGUACACGCCAGACACAUUCCCGGGCUUCGUCGACAUCGCCUGCGGCAACGGCGUGCUCAGCUACGUGCUCAUCCAAGAGGGCUAUCAGGGCCGGGGCUUCGACGCUCGCAGGCGCAAGAGCUGGGCAGUCCUGGGCAUGAACGACCAUCUGGAUGAAAUGAUCUGCGUGCCGCAGCCCUUCCUCGACGCCGCCUCCGAGGAUGAAGGCCUUCAGGAGCUGAUGAUGAGAGCACAAAUCUACGACGGCCUCUUCAAGCCAGGCACGUUCAUUAUCUCGAAUCACGCGGAUGAACUCACGCCAUGGACGCCGGUCCUGGCCGCCUUGUCGUGUCCAGAACACCCGCUCCCGUUCCUGGCGAUACCGUGCUGCUCGCAUGCGCUCAGUGGUUCGAAACACCGAUACUCGGCCAAGGACAUCAUCAUCCACAACCGCGGCGUAGCAGCUUCUUCUGCAAAGCUUAACGAUCAAGAAGAACAGCCAGCUUCCGGCGAUUUGAAGUCCCUGCGCGCCGCGAAAGUCAAAGCUGCCAGCCAUACGGACGACAAGUCCAUGUACGCGUGCUUGACGAGGAAAGUCGUUGCGCUCGCCGAGGAGAUCGGGUUCGACGUCGAAUUGACGCUGAUGCGCAUCCCCAGCACACGGAACAUCGGCAUCGUGGGCAACAGGAAAGGAGCCUCUACAUCACGAGACGCGUCCAAUCUGGAGCAGCAGCUCGAGACGCUAUCGAUCAAUAGUGGCGACACGACGAAGAAAAUCCACAACCUGAUCGACCGUGAAUGCGCAGUCUCGGGCAGGAUUCAAGAAGCGGCCGCGACAUGGAUCGAACGAGCAGAGAAGCUCCAAAAGGGCAGUGGACGAGGGAAAGUCAACCUCGGCGGGAAACAGCAAGCCUGAGCAACCACAAGAUCUGAACAUUCAUCAUGAUACACAUUAUGCCCUGAGCCUUUUGUCUGGUUAGAUCCAGAUUUAUGUACUCCCGCUCCUCGACAGACUCCUGGAAGCCGGAUGACUGGUGCCAUCAUCCUCGACGUUCGGCAGCGCGACGUUGAACAUACUGUCCGCCCACUCGGCAAACGUAUCAAAAUCCCAGACUGCAUUCUCGGGCCCUUUGCCCUUCCUUGAAAUCUGGCUUGCGCCAUUCAUCUUACCACCGCCGCCGCCCAGUCGGUUAACAUACGCAUCGAAGAAAGCUUCGUAGAUCUGGACAACCUGAUCCUCGACCGCAGCAACGAGUGUUUCUCUAGUCCGCAUGUCAUCUAAAUACUGCUCCAAUUUGGCGCGCAGAAUCGGGAUUUCUUUCUCGAUAUGCUUCCUCGUCGCCGACACCGAGUUCUCGAGCGCGUUGUUUUUGACACUGGCCUUCUCCACGUCUCGGGGCAGGUCUUUCG